CCAGCCCUGGAACACCAAGCCAGGGAGAAAGCAGCGCGCGAGGGGGGGAUGGAGGGAGAGAGAGAGAGACAGCAUGUGAGGAAUAACACUACAUAAAUACAGACGAGAGGAUUGUACCCUCCCCCCGGACCGGAGGGGCUGCGUUCCGGGCUUCGUGUCGGUGGAUUGUAUCGAACCGGAUCCGACAUGAACCCCGCGGAAGCGGCCGAGGAGGCGCCCAGCGACCCGGACACCGACGCCUUCUACAAAACAGGGUCACUGAGGACGGAAGUCCUCAAGGCGUCGGAUGUCCUUCCUGUGUUGAAGGAGAAAGUCGCCUUCGUGUCAGGUGGGCGAGAUAAAAGAGGAGGACCGAUCCUGACGUUUCCUGCUCGGAGUAACCACGACCGAAUAAAACAGGAGGACCUGAGGAGGCUGGUGACCUACCUUUCUACUGUGCCCAGCGAGGACGUGUGUAAACGUGGUUUCACCGUCAUCAUCGACAUGCGCGGCUCCAAGUGGGAGCUGAUCAAGCCUCUGCUGAAGACGCUGCAGGAGUUCUUCCCGGCCGAGAUCUGCGUGGCGCUCAUCAUCAAGCCGGACAACUUCUGGCAGAAGCAGAAGACGAACUUCGGCAGUGCGAAGUUCUCCUUCGAGACCAGCAUGGUGUCGGUUGAAGGUCUGGCCAAACUGGUGGACCCCUCCCAGCUGACGGACGACUUCGAAGGCUCUCUGGACUACAACCACGAGGAGUGGAUGGAGCUGAGAGUCUCUCUGGAGGAGUUCAUGUCCAAUGCUGUUCACCUGCUGUCCAGACUGGAAGACCUGCAGGAGCUUCAGUCCAAGAAGGAGUUUCCUGCAGAUGUUGAGGGAUCUCGUCGGUUAAUAGACGAUCACACGCAGCUGAAGAAAAAGGUGUUGAAGGCACCAGUGGAGGAGCUGGACCGGGAGGGCCAGAGGUUGCUGCUGUGCAUCCGAUCUAGUGAAGGUUUUUCAGGGAGGAACUGCAUCUCAGGCUCUGCUGACUUCCAGAGCUUGGUGCCCAAGGUGGCCAGCCUGCUGGAUAAGCUUCACUCCACCCGGCAGCAUCUCCAUCAGAUGUGGCACGUGAGGAAGCUGAAGCUGGACCAGUGCUUCCAGCUGCGUCUGUUCGAACAGGACGCCGAGAAGAUGUUCGACUGGAUCAGCCACAACAAGGAGCUGUUCCUGCAGAGCCACACGGAGAUCGGCCGGGGGUACCAGCACGCCGUGGAGCUGCAGACGCAGCACAACCACUUCGCCAUGAACUCCAUGAACGCCUACGUCAACAUCAACAGAAUCAUGUCGGUGGCGAGCCGGCUGGCGGAGGCCGGCCACUACGCCUCCACCCAGAUCCAGCAGAUCUCAGCUCAGCUGGACCUGGACUGGAAGGGCUUCGCCGCGGCGCUGGACGAGCGCUCCACCAUCCUCGCCAUGUCCUCCGUCUUCCACCAGAAGGCCGAGCAGUUCCUGUCGGAGGUGGAGGCGUGGUGCAAGGUGUGCAACGAGGGGGGGCUGCCCACCGAGAUGCAGGAGCUGGAGAUCGCCAUCCACCGCCACCAGAGCCUGUACGAGCAGGUCACCCAGGCCUACUCCGAGGUGAGUCAGGACGGCAAGGCCCUGCUGGACGUCCUCCAGAGGCCUCUGAGUCCCGGGAACUCCGAGUCGCUGACGGCCACCGCCAACUACUCCAAAGCGGUCCACUGCAUCCUGGACGUGGUCCAUGAGAUCCUCCACCACCAGCGCCGCCUGGAGAACAUCUGGCAGCACCGCAAGGUCCGACUGCACCAGAGGCUGCAGCUGUGUGUGUUCCAGCAGGACGUCCAGCAGGUGAUGGACUGGAUCGAGAACCACGGCGAGGCGUUCCUCAGCAAGCACACCGGCGUGGGGAAGUCCCUCCACCGCGCCCGAGCGCUGCAGAAGAGACACGACGACUUCGAGGACGUGGCUCAGAACACGUACACCAACGCAGACAAGCUGCUGGAGGCGGCGGAGCAGCUGGCGCAGACGGGCGAGUGCGACCCCGAGGAGAUCUACAAGGCGGCGCGGCACCUCGAGGUCCGGAUCCAGGACUUCGUCCGGCGGGUGGAGCACAGGAAGCUGCUGCUGGACAUGUCGGUGUCCUUCUACACACACACCAAGGAGCUGUGGUCCUGGAUGGAGGACCUCCAGAAGCAGUUGCUGGACGAGGUUCUGUGUGACUCGGUGGACUCGGUCCAGACUCUGAUCCAGCAGUUCCAGCAGCAGCAGACGGCCACGCUGGAGGCCACGCUGAACGUCAUCAAGGAGGGGGAGGAGCUUAUGCAGCAGCUCAGAGACGCGGCCAUGUCGACCAAUAAGACGCCCCACUGCAGUUCCAUCGCCCACAUCCAGGGGGUGCUGCAGCAGCUGGACGAGGCCCAGGGCCAGAUGGAGGAGCUGUUCCACGAGCGCAAGAUCAAGCUGGACAUCUUCCUCCAGCUGCGCAUAUUCGAGCAGUACACCAUCGAGGUCACGGCGGAGCUGGACGCCUGGAACGAGGAUCUGUCUCGCCAGCUGAGCGACGUCGGCCGCUCGGGCAGCUGCAGCAGCGGCGGGAGCGGCGGCGGCGGGGGCGGAGCCUCCUCGUCCUCUGGCGGCGGCUCGGAGGACAUCGGCCUGGCAGAGCAGCGGCUGAAGCGCCACGCGGAGAGGAAGGCGGCCAUGAACAACAUGACCUACGAAGUGAUGCAGCAGGGACAAGACCUGCACCAGUACAUCAUGGAGGUCCAGGCUUCAGGGAUCGAGCUGACGGGGGAGAAGGACAUGGACUUGGCCUCCCAGGUCCAGGAGCUGCUGGAGUUCCUCCACGAGAAGCAGCAGGAGGUGGAGCUCAACGCGCAGCUCACCCACGCCCGGCUGGAGCAGAUCCUGCAGCUGCGCCACCUGCAGGCCGAGGUCAAGCAGGUGCUGGGCUGGAUCCGUAACGGGGACUCCAUGUUGAACGCCAGCAUGGUGAACGCCAGCUCUCUGUCGGAGGCCGAGCAGCUGCAGAGGGAGCACGAGCAGUUCCAGAUGGCCAUAGAGUCCCUCUUCCACGCUAACUCCCUCCAGAAGACCCACCAGAGUGCUCUGCAGGUCCAGCAAAAAGCCGAGAUGAUGCUCCAGGCGGGUCACUACGACCCGGAGGCCAUCAGGGGCUGCGCGGAGAAGGUGGCGGUCCACUGGCAGCAGCUGAUGCUGAAGAUGGAGGACCGGCUGAAGCUCGUCAACGCCUCCGUGGCCUUCUACAAGACGUCCGAGCAGGUGUGCGGGGUGCUGGAGAGCCUGGAGCAGGAGUACCGGCGGGACGAGGACUGGUGCGGCGGCCACGAGAAGCUCGGGCUGUCGGCCGACUGCGAGCACCUCCUGCCUCUGAUCAGCAAACACCUGGAGCAGAAGGAGGCGUUCCUCAAGGCGUGCACUCUGGCCCGGAGGAACGCCGAGGUGUUCCUGAAGUACAUCCACAGGAACAACGUGAGCAUGCCGGGCGCCGCCGGCCACACCAGGGGGCCCGAACAACAGGUCAAAGCCAUCUUGAACGAGUUGCUGCAGAGAGAAAACAGAGUCCUUCACUUCUGGACCUUAAAGAAACGAAGACUGGACCAGUGUCAGCAGUACUUGGUGUUUGAGCGCAGUGCCAAACAGGCGUUGGAUUGGAUCCAAGAGUCAGGUGAAGUGUACCUGGCCACACACACGUCGCCCGGCGAAAGCGGCGAGGAGACGCAGCGGCUCCUCAGCGACUACCGUCACUUCAGACACACGGCCAAGCAAACCAAGGACAAGGUGAAGCUGCUGAUCCAAUUGGCCGACAGCCUGGUGGAGAAAGGCCACGCCCACGUGUCGGAGCUGAAGCGCUGGGUCAGCACCGUGGACCGCCGGUACCGGGACUUCUCGCUGCGCAUGGGCAAAUACCAGGAGAGCCUGGAGAGGAGCCUGGGCGUCGGCUACGAGGGCAAUAAGGACCUGGAGCUGGACAUCAUCCCUGCCAGCCUGACGGACGACCCCGAGGUCAAGCUGCGUGACCCCAACCCCGAGGUCAACGAGGAGAAGAGGAAGUCGGCCAGGAAGAAAGAGUUCAUCAUGGCGGAGCUGCUGCAGACGGAGAAGACGUAUGUCAGAGACCUCCAGGAGUGUCUGGAGACCUACCUGUGUGAGAUGACCAACGGUGUGGAAGACAUUCCUUCAGGCAUCUCCAACAAAGAGCUCAUCAUUUUCGGCAACAUGCAGGACAUCUGGGACUUCCACAGCAAUAUUUUCCUGAAGGAGCUGGUGAACUACGAGCAGCUGCCGGAGGACGUCGGCCAUUGCUUCGUCACCUGGGCCGAUAAGUUCCACAUCUACGUGGAUUACUGCAAGAACAAGCCGGACUCCAGCCAGCUGAUCCUGGAGCACGCCGGAAGCUUCUUCGACGACAUUCAGCAGAAACGUGGACUGGCUAACUCCAUCUCCUCCUACCUCAUCAAACCAGUCCAGAGGAUCACCAAGUACCAACUCCUGCUUAAGGAGCUGCUGUCCUGCUGUGAGGAGGGUAAAGGGGAGAUUAAAGACGGGCUGGAUGUGAUGCUCAGCGUCCCCAAGAGAGCCAACGACGCCAUGCACCUCGCCAUGAUGGAGGGCUUCGAGGAGAACCUGGAGGUGCAGGGCGAGCUGAUCCUGCAGGACAGCUUCCAGGUCUGGGAUCCGCGCUCGCUGAUCCGGAAGGGGCGGGACCGCCACCUCUUCCUCUUCGAGUUCUCCCUCGUCUUCAGCAAGGAGAUCAAAGACUCGGCCGGCAGGACCAAGUACCAGUUCAAGAACAAGCUGCUGACGUCAGAGUUAGGAGUCACGGAGCACAUCGAGGGCGACCCCUGUAAGUUCGCGCUGUGGGCCGGCCGCACGCCGUCCUCCGACAACAAGACGGCGCUGAAGGCGCCCAACAUGGAGGCCAAGCAGGAGUGGAUCAAACACAUCAGGGAGGUGAUCCAGGAGAGGAUGACUCACCUGAAGGGGGCGCUGAAGGAGCCGCUGCACACGCCCAAGACACCAGCGCUGAGCAAGCCCCGCAGGAGGGACGGCGGUGAAGACGGAGACAGCCAGGGAGACGGCAGCAGCCAACCGGACACGGUCUCCAUCGCGUCCAGGACGUCCCAGAACACCGUGGACAGCGACAAGCUCUCCGGUGGAUGCGAGUUGACCGUGGUCCUCCACGACUUCACGGCAGGAUGCAGCACGGAGAUGUCCGUCAGCACCGGCCAGACGGUGGAACUGUUGGAGCGGCCGAGCGAGCGGCCCGGUUGGUGUCUGGUCCGGACCACCGAGCGCAGCCCCCCCCAGGAGGGUCUGGUUCCCAGCUCCGCGCUCUGCGUGUCGCACUCGCGCUCCAGCGUGGAGAUGGACUGCUUCUUCGGCUCGGGGAAAGAGAACUACCCGGUGAGCGGCUCCGAGGUGAAGACGGAGUCGGUGACCAGCCUGCAGCCGCAGCCGUCGCUCGGCUCGCUGCAGUCCAGCUCUCCGGGGCCGAAGCGCUCCGGGAACACUCUGAGGAAGUGGCUCACCAGCCCGGUGCGCCGGCUCAGCCACGGCAGCUCCGUCAAGAAGCUGCCCAACAAGAAGAAGACGGGAUCAGGAAGAGAGGAAAGCAGGAAGAGCAUUGACCUGGGACAGCCUGACCCUAACCUACAGGAUGACAUCAUCGAUGAGCGGUUCCACAGUAAGGUCGGCGGUUCCCUCUCCAAGGCCACGGUCUCCGGGAUGCAGAGCGGCGGGGAGGAGGAGCCGGACGAGGAGGUCCACACCCCUCUGCCUCCACCCAUGGAGAUCAUCAAGGACUCCUCGGCUCAGGAGGACAAGCCUCUGGAACCAGGAGCGUACCCCGGCUUCACGCCUCUAUCUACGCCGGAGCAAGUCCCUCCGGUCCAGCCGCGGAACCCCGAACUGGAUCAGAGAGCCAAAGCCAUGAGGGGCCGGAUGUUUGUCCUCAACGAGCUGGUCCAGACGGAGAAGGACUACGUCAAGGACCUGGGCAUCGUGGUGGAGAACUAUAUGAAGAAGGUGGAGGAGAAGGGCGUCCCCGACGACAUGAAGGGGAAGGACAAGAUCGUCUUCGGGAACAUCCACCAGAUCUACGACUGGCACCGAGAGUUCUUCGUUGGCGAGCUGGAGAAAUGUCUGGAAGACCACGAGCACCUCCCCGAGCUCUUCAUCAAACACGAGAGAAGACUCCACAUGUAUGUGGUGUAUUGUCAGAAUAAGCCCAAGUCGGAGUUCAUUGUGGCCGAAUAUGACACCUAUUUUGAAGAAAUCCAGCAGGACACCAAGUGCAGGUUGACCAUCAGCGACUUCCUCAUCAAACCCAUCCAGAGAAUCACCAAAUACCAGCUGCUGCUGAAGGACUUCCUGAAGUACAGCUCCAAGGCCGGAAUCGACUGCGAACAGAUCGAGAAAGCGGUGGAUCUGAUGUCUCAGGUCCCCAAACUGUGCAACGACAUGAUGAACCUGGGUCGGCUGCAGGGAUACGAGGGUAAGCUCACCUGUCAGGGCAAGCUGCUGCAGCAGGAGACGUUCUUCGUGACGGAGCAGGACGCCGGCGUCCUGUCGCGCUCCAAGGAGCGCCGCGUCUUCCUCUUCGAGCAGAUCGUCAUCCUCAGCGAGCUGCUCCGGAAGGGCUCGUCCACGCCCGGGUACCAGUUCAAGAAGAGCAUCAAGGUGUCCUACCUCGGCCUGGAGGAGAGCGCGGACGGCGACCCGUGUAAGUUUGUGUUGUCGUGCCGCGGCUCGGCGGAGCGCUUCACGCUGCAGGCGGCCAACGUGGACGUCAAGCAGGUCUGGGCUCGCCACAUCCAGGACGUGCUGGACGCACAGAGCAACUUCCUGUCUGCUCUGCAGUCGCCCAUCGAGUACCAGAAGGAGAAGGGCGGGGGGGCGGGCAGCAGCGCCUCCCUCACCAGGAACAGCUCCACCUCGGGCAGCCGGCCGGCGCCGCCUCAAGGCCGCCCGUCAUCGGCCAUCGGGCUCGUGGACAAGGAGGCGGAGCGAGGGCGGAGCCAGAUGAGGGUGUCGACCUCCAACGGAGGCGGGUCCACCUGUUUCAGGGACUUCGACGGCGGCUGCAACGGCGUCUCCUCCACCAUGCUGGUCUCCGAGGACUACUCGGCGCUCAAGGAGAACGAGAUCUGCGUGGGCCAGGGCGAGACGGUGCAGGUCCUGGCCACCAAUCAGCAGAACAUGUUCCUGGUGUACCGGCCGGCCAACAGCCAAUCGCCGGCCGCCGAGGGCUGGGUGCCGGGUCGCAUCCUGGGCCCGCACGCCAGGCCCAUGAAAGACUCGUCGUCCACCUCCAACUUCUCGGCGGCGCUGGCCGAUGCCAACGACAUCAAGAAGUCUCUGUCGUGGAACACGCUGCGCGCCCGGAAGCGCGCCGAGGCCAAGGACGCCUCCAUGUUGGGGGUCCGGGGCCCGGAGAACGGCCUCCUCCGUAAGCCCAAAGAAAGCACGCCCCCUCCCCCGCUCGCCCCCCCGGCCGCCCGGCCGGAGGCCAAAGACGUUCACACUUCAGACGAGUCAGACUGCGACGACGACCUCGACCCCAAAACGGGCAUGGAGCUUCUCAACCCAAAUUUCAUCCAAGAAGUGGCUCCAGAGUUCCUGGUCGCUCUGUCGGACGUGGUGUGUGCGUUCGGGGAGACCGUGGUCCUCUGCUGUAAAGUCUGCGGGCGACCCAAACCCUCCAUCACCCUGAAGGGUCCCGACCAGAACCCGGUGACCAGCAACAACCGCUUCACCAUCGACAUCCGGGACACGGGCGACAUCUUGUUGAAGAUCUGUAAUCUGAUGCCUCAGGACACCGGCAUCUACACCUGCGUCGCCGUUAACGACCACGGCUCCGCCUCCUCCUCCGCCUCCAUCAAAGUGCAAGGUAUCCCAGCAUCCCCCGGGAGGCCGGUGGCCCAGGAGGCCAGCAGCACGGCGGUGAUGAUCCACUGGCCGCCUCCGGCUUCAUCCGCUCACUGUGCCGUCAGCAGCUACACCGUGGAGUACCGGCAGGAAGACUCGCUGCUCUGGCAGCAGGUGGCGAGCAGCAGGGAGGAGUGCGUUCAGAUCGACGCUCUGAUCCCCGGAGGUCACUAUCAGUUCAGAGUGCGAGCCUCCAACCGCUGGGGGGUCGGCCCGCCGUCCGAGCCCUCGAACAUGAUCAAGCUGCCCAGCACCAACUCUGGAUACGAUGGAACUGGGAUCCAGUGGAAAGAAAACUUUGAGACGACCUUCUCCGAGAUCUGUGAGAUUGGAAGGGGGCGCUUUUCAGUGGUGAGGAAAUGUCUCAACAAGUCUACAAAGAAAGAGGUGGCGGUGAAGUUUGUGAGUAAGAAGAUGCAGAAGAAGGAGCAGGUGGCCCACGAGGCGGACGUCCUCCAACACGUACAGCAUCACCAGCUGGUGGCGCUGUUGGACACCUACGAGUCUCCCACCUCUCUGAUGCUGGUCCUGGAGCAGCUGGAGGAUGGCCGUUUACUCGAUUACCUCGUCGCCCACGAUGAGCUGAUGGAGGAGAAGGUGGCGUUCUUCAUCAGAGAGACACUAGAGGCCCUGCAGCACCUUCACACCUGCAGAGUGGUUCACCUGGAUCUGAAGCCUGAGAACAUCAUGGUGGACCUCCACUCUCCCACCCCGGGCAUCAAGCUCAUCGACCUCGGCGACGCCGUGCAGCUGUCCGCCCACCGCCGCUACGUCCACCUCCUGCUCGGCAACCCGGAGUUCGCCGCGCCCGAGCUCGUCCGCGGGACGCCGGUCUCCGUCGCCACGGACGUGUGGAGCGUCGGCGUGCUGGCCUACGUGAUGCUCAGCGGCGUGUCGCCGUUCCUGGACGAGUCGCCGGAGGAGACCUGUGUCAACAUCUGCCGCCUGGACUUCUGCUUCCCGGACGAGUACUUCCGCGACGUGAGCCAGGCGGCGAGGGACUUCGUGUCCUCGGCGCUGCAGCAGGAUCCCAGGAAGAGGCCGAGCGCCACUUCCUGCCUGCAGCACCCGUGGGUGGGCCGCGGCGGCGCGCACGGCGGGGAGUACUCCAAGACGCCGCUGGACACGACGCGAUUGGCCACGUUCAUCGACCGGCGGAGACAGCUGCACGACGUGCGGCCCGUCACUAACAUCAAGGGGCUGGUGAGCGGCAGCUUGGGCAACACGCUGUGACGGGCAGGAGCCCCGAGGGCCACGCCCACAACAACACUGCUCUGUAUUAUAAGCAUUUCACGAUCUUUAGUGGUUAUUAACGUGAGAGAUCUAUGUCUUCGUAAUGGACCACGAGGCAGAAGAAAUAAUUCAAAUUCAUGGUUGUUUUGAUAUUUAAUUGCCGACUAACACAUUAAUUUGAUCUUUUGUUCCCCCGGUAACCGCCUAGAACCCCACGAGAACCCAAAGAACCUAAAAGUUGAGGAAAUUAGCAUUUAGAAGAAACACACUGUGAGUGGGCUUAAUGUCAACAUAUUAGUUUAUAUUUGUAAUGUUUAUUUUUUCAGGGACAAAUGUUAUAUUGGAGGCAGGAGACCAUUGUGUUAAAUGUGUGUAGUUUCAUUCAGCCUGUUGCUCAGGGGCUCUGGGGCAACGGCAGAGUCCCACGCUCUGCUAACAUGUUGUAGCUAACGCGUCAGAACAUAUAUAAAAAAAAGCUUUUGACCCCACAGGUGUACACGAAAUGGUAAAUCGCGAAAGAAAAAGAGCAAAAAACGCCAACGACGUCUUUGAUCGGAUUUCCUUGUCACGGGAGAAACUCUCACAGAGGAUAUAAAGCUGCAGUGUGCAGGUUAUGGCGCCAUCUAGAGGCGAGGUCGCAGAUUGUAACCAACUGAAACCGGGCGUGUCGGAGAACCACCGAGGCAUGCAACAAGUUUGGUUUGGCCUUUCUGGGCUUCCGUAGGUACACGGCAGACUAAGCGCUCCUUUAUGCAGAUAUAUAUAUAUAAAAAAGGCUCUUUCUCGGGUAACAAACUCAUAGCACUUCGUAGUUUCAGGUGAUUAUACACGAGAGUGAACAUACUUAUAUAUCUAUAUUCCAUUUCUGCAAACAAAUAAACGUAACUGCAACUCAAUGUUCCUUUUCUAAUGAGUCUAAACUGCUUCAAAAAGAAGCGGACGGAUCCUAAUUAACAUCAGAGGAGUCGGUAAAUGUCGGUUCAGUUGCGGUUCUUAUCCUGCGGUCGAUGUCUCGCUAAAUAUCGCUUCGACUUGGGACUUUCUUUGAGCUAAAAUAGAAAAACUUCACGAAUGAAAUCUGUGUCUCCCCCUUGAUAGCAUGGAUGUUUGGCGUAACGAUGCUAAUAAUGAAUGUGUGGCGUUUUCUGAAGGAGGUUUCUUGCUAACGUUCAUCCUCCUUGCUUGUCGAAGUCUCUCGUGAGAAAUCCUCUUCAACAAAGUAAAAAUGUAAAAAAGAUUGAAGCAUAACGCACGUUAACAACUGUGGCUACGAUUUAAACCACCAACACUGGAAAGCUACUUGGAAAGAUCGGAUGCAACGGCGUCAAACCUUUGCUGUGAUAUACCUUUUUUUUAAUCAUUUAUUAUUAUAUGUAUAUUUAUUUCAGGACUUAUGUUUAGAUUGAAAUGUUCACCGUUGCCCCGGAGAAGCGAGGCCUACCCACGGAAGUGGAGUCGCUAAACAGCUGCUGGACUGAGUUUUUCCGCUGUGAAUAGCGUCGUGAAAAAAAUUCCCGACGUUUACAUCCAAGUCACCGACGGAUCUAAAGAUGAACUGUGCCGUCGUGAACUACAAUGAACUUGGGUCCAUGUGGGGGAAAAACACAAAAAAACAUCAGUGAAUAAUCCCAGGAGAGAAAGCGAUGGACUACCGGUACACGGGAACACGGAGGUUGGAACCCUACAAUUUGUAUGUUUCACUGUUUACACACACAAAAAAAGAGGUUAUGUAGUUUACAAAAAUACGUAGAAUAAUCAGGGAAAACCUGCAUGUAAAUUCACCAGACGGGUUCGUAAUCAGGGGACAAAUCAGUUUUCUUGAACCCAAACCUGUCGAGAAUUCCCGGUUCCCGUUUUUACCAGCCACUGUGUCGAGUAACCGGCCGUAACGCUCGGGUUCAUUUCAUCUUGUAAAAUAGUUCAUGCGGCCGUUGAUUCGGUCUCUGAUUUAGACGGAAGGGUCCGUUUUACUCGUCUUGUUUCUACUGAUGAAUGUACAAACAAAAAAAAAGAAGAAAAAUGUAGAAUGUGUUCUGCCGUCACAAGUGCUGUCCUCUGCUUUCACCAACCGCUUUCACAAUGCCCCAUUUCUGGCCCAUUUUGCAUCCCCACGCAUUUAGUGCGCUCGCAAUAGUUAGCAUUCAUUUUCAUGCAGCCGGGGAUACAGAAUGGUGCAAAUGUAUAAAAAAAAGGAAAGCCACAGUUCUGUGGAAACGGAAUAACCCAGAACCAAGGAGUAACGUAACUACCGGCAUUUCAUCCUUUUCGGGCACGGAUCAAAUAUAUAUUUGUGGUUUUUGCUCGCAGUCGAUCACCCCGAGAAAGUUUUAAAGUAUGGCUCUGCUACGAGCGAUACCCAGCCCGAGAUGCAAAUCUGAACUUGUUCAUACUUUUGUGUUUUCAAUGCAGCAGCGAUGAGAUGCGUUCAGGUACCCGUGAAACGGCAGCGUUUCAUCUCAGUUUCAUCUGCUCAAAGGGGAAACGAUACAACAGAGCGACAUGUUUUAAUCAUCUGCUUAUACUCAGAAAAAACUUUGUGUUGUUCAAAAUAAAUAUGAAAAGUACUUGCUGGUUACAAGUUACUGCUGAAUGUACUGCGAAGCAACUGAUGGUGCUUGUGGUUGACCGGAUUAGUGCAGAAAUCAUCAGUCUUUACAUUUGUGUUUAUAUUUUUAUUUUUUAACUGAUUGCAGAAUAUUAUUAUUAAUAUUAUUUGCAGGAAAACAGUCGUUGGUUGGUUUUCAUCUUGAUGUUUCUAUAUUGUUAAAUAUCGAAUGAAUAAGUUGAUUCUCUUGGAAGGAACACACUCGCUGCCCUCAGUUCAUGGCAACAAAAGUGCUUUAAAACAAAACCCAACUUUCUAACAAUUGAAGGUAAUCCUGAAUAUCCAGAAGUGAUCGAGGCCCAAAAGCAGAAUCCGGUUGCAGUUCGAGGUCCCGAAACGGGCUCUAGGUCUCAUUUAUCUUUCAAAGAGCCGGAUUCCUUUCAGGAUUUCAUCCUUUACGUUUACAUUUCAACUGACAAAGUGAGAUCUGCAUUCUAGUAUUUCAGCCUUAGCCCUCGGGGGGCCUUCAUGAGGUACAAAAAUACUUUAUUUCAUCAAAACGCCUGAAUACAUCAGCUUUUCAGAGGUCUGUGUUUCUGUCUUGUUAAAGUUGUUAAUAGUUUCCCAUAAAGACGACUGUUUUUUUCUCAAAUUCCCGUCUGCCCAUCUGAAAUUAAGACUGGUAAAAUAUAAUAAUGGGGAAGUUCAGCACGGUACAGCUUCACCCUCCUCACUUUUUUUUGCGUUUAGGUCGGUUUUCCAUGUGUUAUGUACAGGUGGAUUAUAUUGAAAUACAAAACGUGAUCACCGCAAACCGUUGCGUAGCUCGGCUGAGACGGUUUCUACCGAGACGGUACCGUCUUCCAUCGUAAAAAAAGUGACUUGGGUAACAAAUUAUUUAGCAUCAAAACAUAGCCUACAAAUGAACUAACGGCUAACGGUUAAAAACGGGGAUCGCAGAGAUGAAAACAAUAUGAGAGAGUCGUCUCUGUCCUCCCGAGAGUCAAGAGCUCAUGCGGGUUGCCAGGUUGAGGACUCAACUUAAAGUGGAAAUUUAUAGAAACAGGAAAUAUGGUUUCUAUAAGAUGGAUAGAUAGCUGGGAUAAGCAUGAGUAACGUUACCCGGGUACUCAAUGUUCUGUCCGUAGCAUUAAUGUCAAAGAUAGUCUUUCAACUUUUCCUUGUCUUGGUCAUUGUAUAAUUUAACACAUUAAUAUGUUGCAUACUGUCAACAAGAAGUACCAAGAGUAAAAGUACAACAUUAUUAGAUUAUAAUUAAGACAUAAAGGUUGAGCUCCUUUUUAAAUAUUUGAUUUACUGGUAUCGAUAAAGUAUAGUCCAAACCUAUAAUUUAUUUGUUUAUAUUGUUUAUAUUAUUAUUCUGAAUAUAUAAAAAUUAGCGGACAUUGUAUCAAAUGAAGUAUAAUGUUGCGGAACAUUAAAACACUCGAGUAAAGUAGCAGAAAAACACGAGUAUUGUUGCGGUCAGGUGACCCUGCUGCGUUAUUAAACCCUCUAAUCACACGUUUUACAUUCUAGACUCUCCGAUCUUUUUCUUUCACAGAGUUAAACUCCCGGCUGAAACAAUCCCACAAUGCAUCUGCCGUGGCCUGGCGAGCCGCUCGCCCCCCCGUUGAGUGCUAACCCUGUGCUGCAUCCGGAUAGGAGUUCAUGGCGAGCAUCGUCCAUAGAGGAACGUGAUGUGAAGGCUUCUGUAUAGGCUGCCUCUCCGUACUCCAUAUACCUGCUGGUUUGUUACUCUUUGUUCAUAAAGAACCUCCUUCUUUGUAGUUUUCUGUCUCAUUGUCAAAGGUGUGUGUGUGUGUGCGUGCAUGUGUCCACUGGGUGGCGCCAUAGCAUGAUAGAAAUGUCAACUGGACACUGGGUGGAAGCACUGGCAUCAUAAUUCUUGACUGGUUGAAGACCUCCAAGAUGGCUGCUUCGAUGUGUCUCGUGUUGUUUUUGUCUAGAUUUCUGUUUUCUGCCGUGGAGCUCUUUCACCAGAGAUGAGCUCACGGACAUCAGGGUAACGACGCUGCUGAACUACCGGGCAUUCUCGUCAAAGGUGCGCUCACCUUUUACUCAUGCAGUGAAAUCAGAGCAAAAGAAAAACAAAACUAUUAGGUGCAUGUAAACGUGUGUAUUGUUACAUCAUGUUUUGGAAUCAAGGAACAGUUUGACAUUG